AUGAGCUCCGUUAUCCGUUCUGCAUUUCGCGAUCGCACCAGAAAGUCCUCUUCUACCCAGGACCCUACUCUAGCAAGGCUGUCUCUGAACACCAUGAUGACUGCUAGACAAGAGCCGCUGGAUGCCACGCUUUCCGCGGGAGACAAUGUUCUUUCAAGACUAAGCUUCAGCAAAGGCUACCUGCAUGGGCUGUCCUCCCACUUCAAUCGCUAUCAACUCAUCAAGGCGGCUGUGGACGUCUCAACAAAUGAUGUUGUCGUUCCCGUGCGGGCGGUGGGUCGCCGAACCUACAAAAGCAAUAUCCUGGCCCUAGAAACAUGGCUAUCCGAAAACCUAGCGUCGGUAUCUACUGAGCGAGUGAGCCCAGAGGCCCAACGUGACCUGGAAGUUACGAUCUAUUGUGCAAUAGCUGCGGGCAUCGCAGCCCAGCGGCCCUCACUCUUCAAUGUAAUGAGCCAGGUUGUCGAUGUCCUCUCCCACGUGUCUAUAGGCGAGGCAGAUCAACUGGCGGCGAACCCCCUUUUGGAAACCCAGGUGGAUGUGAAGAACUUAGCCGCGCGGCUUGUUGAGCUAAAUGAUGAGAUCUCCCGGUACGUCACAUCAAUAGAGACGUGGGAGAAGCGGCUCGCCAACAGGAUACAGGAGUUUGAUUUACUUACGGCCGAAAUACUCGGCCUGAAAUCACACAUAUCCAACCUCAAGUCCCUUAUUAUAGCCGGCGAGUGA